AUGACGAAAACAAUCACCAAAGUCGCACUCGCUGGGGCAUCUGGAAGCCUAGGGUCCAAAACUCUUGUGGCACUUCUCGCUCAGGGAUUCAAGGUCACAGUGUUAAGCCGUACAACCAAAGAUUUUCCAGCCGGUGUUACAGUCAAGGUUGUAGACUUUGGCUCAACAGAAUCCAUAUCUGCAGCCAUUCAAGACCAAGAUGCUGUCAUUGACAAUACUUUUACGGAAGAUGCUGAGACACCGUUGCGUCUCAUAGAUGCUGCAGCUGCCAGUGGAGUUUACCGUUUUAUUACAAGCGAUUAUGGCCUUGAUCCAGAGAUCCCUGGCGUUCGCGACAUGCCGGUUUUUGGACGCAAACGCGAAGCUUAUCGAGCUGUCAAAGAGAAAGCCGAGAAAUAUGGCAUGACGUACACCUUAAUUGUUGUAGGCUGUUUUCUCGACUGGUGUCUUUCGAAUGGGUUUGCUGGUAUUGAUCUAAAGACGAAAUCAGCAACCAUGUUCGAUAACGGAGAGAAUGUCGUACCGUGGACAACACUUGAAGAGGCCGGUAAAGCGACUGCUGGUGCUCUUCUCCGGCCUGAAGAAACUUGCAACAGACCGGUGUAUGUACACAGUGCGUACCUGUCUCAGGUACAGCUUUUGAGAAUUGUGCAAGAAGUUUUGGGGAAGGAUGGUUGGAACACAACAUCUCAGGAGAUGAAGCCACUGCUGGACCAAGCUUUGGAAGACCUGCGUACAGGGCAUAUUACGCCGAUGACUUUUGGCGUACAGAUACAAUAUUGCAUUGCCAACAAAUCACUUGCACAUCCCUGGGAAAGGGAUGACAACGAUCUUGUUGGUAUCAAAGAAAAAACGACGGAAGAGCUACAGGCCUUGAUCAGUCAGCUUGCUGCGGUAUAA